GGAGGACGCUGCAAGCAUGCCAACAAAAGAGAAAUUGUACGUUUCCUUUGGAAUAUAAAGUGGCUCACAUUGGCAGUUCUUACGAUUGAUGAAGCACGCACUGUUAUACAUUGGACAUCUUCCAUUCUCCAUCGAAACUAGCGGGGCGUUUUGAGUAGAUGCCAUUAUGCCAAGCAUAGGCACGGGGAGCUGGAAAUGGGUGGGAUAUCUCAAAGAUUACUGCGCCAACUGCACAUUAGCUGGAUUUAGUUACAUUGCCAAUCAGAAUCUGCACUUGAUUGAACGAGUCUUUUGGCUGAUAUGUGUCGUGUUCUCUACCCUGGGAUCCUACUUACUGAUCAGCCAGUAUCAGAGGGACUUCAACAGUCGCGCCGUAAGCAUCGUAUACGAAAGCUUGCCGUCGACUCAUAAGAUAAUGUUUCCGACUAUAGCGGUGUGUGAUAUGUACAAUAAGUUUGUUGCACCUCCAGAGCUAAUUGAUUACGUCACCUCUCUCGGUUCUACGGAUGAGGAGUACAGCUAUGAUGUAGAGACGUUCAUCAAUUUUCUGGUGUAUCCUUAUUUCUACCGAGAGGAUAACAUCAAGGGCUGGUGUUCUGAGGACUGUGGUGAAGGCUGUGCCGAGUGCCCGGCGAGGGACUUGCGGCAGUUGUAUGAAAGAUUCAUGACCAACUGUACGGAUUUCUUUGUGUCCUGCGAAUUUUCUUUGAGGCCGAUCGACUGCUGCAAAUAUUUUUUACCGCUCACCACGCCCCAUGGCAACUGCUUUAUGUUCAAUUCGCUUUUGAAUAACAAGAAAGGAAGUCCCACUUGGUACAAUAACGAAAUCGACCCACUGACGGACACCGCCAAAAUGAAGAUCGUAACCAAGAAGCCAACGCAGUUAUCCGUUCUUAACGAGGAGGAUGUACCCCAUAACUCUUUGGCGGGCUACAAGGUUGAAGCUAAUAAACCAGGCCAGGAUAAAAUCUUUCAAAUAUUCAUGCAAGCGAUGAGCAAUGAUCCCGAUGUCAGGGAAAUAUCUCCAGAGUACAGACAAUGUCGAUUUCCCGACGAGCUGUUAAAAGACACUGCGUACAAGGCGUAUAGCUUCAGCACUUGUUUCGUCGACUGUCACCGCGUCCACCAAAUGAAAGAGUGUAACUGUUCCGUUUUCAACUUCUUGCCAGAACCGAUAACGAAAUACCCCGACUGCGAUCUGCAGGGCCUACUUUGUCUAGAAGACUUCACUUUGGUCCGACCAGACGCCAGAAACUUGUUGCCCUGGACAGACAGCAAGUACUCUUGCGAAUGUUUGCCUUCGUGUACGGAAAGUGAUUUCCGAGUUGUGUUUGACCACCAGCUACCCUCCAACAAAUCCAACCCCUACAUGACAAUAACGGUCACAAUGCCAGAAUUUGCCACUGAGCGAUACCGCCGUCAGGCCUUGCGCACCCGCCUGGACGUUGUCGUCACGAUUGGUGGUAUUUUGGGCUUGUUCUUGGGAGCCAGCAUUUUGAGUGGCAUUGAGUUUGUCUACUACUUCACGCUACGCUUGUGGAACAAUUACCGGAUGAGGCAACGACAUCAGCUUUCCUGAAUGGAAAGAAAUAACCUCAAUACAUGAAAAAUAAUCGCUGCACUAGUCAGGAAUCUUAUCAAAAUCUUGUUUAAUGUCUACAAUUUUCGUAAACUCGCUUUCCAGCGAAAAACAAAAAUACUAAAGAAAAGCGUACGAAUACCAGUUGACAACAUCUGGUGGGUUUCAGAACUCAAUUAUUUCAAAAUUUUACAAAAGCAAAUAUAUUCCAUACAAUGCAUUAUAUUAUCAAAAAAAAAAAACAGCGUACGAAACGAAUAACGUAUCGCUCACAUGAAGUCACAUUUAUUUAUUUAUUU